AUGAGCCAGAUAUAUAGCCAAGACCUGCGGGUAGCAGAGGAACUUGGCUUCUCCUCGGUGGUGGCCCUAGGUGCAAGCAUAAUCUGUAACAAGAUCCCCGGUUUGGCCCCCAGACAACGGAUUAUCUGCCAGAGUCGCCCCGAUGCCAUUAUCGUCAUCGGAGAGGGAGCCCAAAUGGGCAUCAACGAGUGUCAGUUUCAGUUCAAAAACGGGCGCUGGAACUGCUCUGCGCUUGGAGAGAGGACAGUCUUCGGAAAAGAGUUGAAAGUGGGCAGUAAAGAGGCUGCAUUCACCUACGCCAUCAUUGCAGCAGGGGUGGCACAUGCCAUCACAGCCGCCUGUACACAGGGGAAUCUGAGUGACUGUAGCUGUGAUAAGGAGAAGCAGGGUUUCUACAGUAAAGACCAAGGCUGGAAGUGGGGAGGCUGCUCGGCUGACAUCAGCUACGGCCUGGGCUUCUCCAAAGUAUUUAUCGACGCUCGGGAAGUCAAGCAGAAUGCAAGGACACUCAUGAACCUCCAUAAUAAUGAGGUGGGACGCAAGAUCCUGGAGAAGAACAUGCGACUGGAAUGCAAGUGUCAUGGUGUCUCAGGCUCCUGCACCACCAAAACCUGCUGGACUACACUUCCCAAGUUCCGCGAGCUCGGCUACAUUCUCAAGGAGAAGUAUGCCCAUGCUGUGCACGUGGAACCAAUCAAAGCCAGCCGCAACAAGCGCCCUAAAUUCCUCAAGAUUAAGAAGCCUUACUCUUACCGGAAGCCUAUGGAUACAGACCUGGUGUACAUAGACAAGUCACCUAACUACUGUGAGGCGGACCCUAUGACGGGGAGCUUGGGAACACAGGGCAGGGUGUGUAACAAGACUAUGAUGCAGCACAUCAGCGGCUGUGACUUGAUGUGCUGUGGCCGGGGAUACAACACACACCAGUACUCCCGCGUCUGGCAGUGCAACUGCAAGUUCCUGUGGUGCUGCUAUGUUAAAUGCAACACCUGCAGUGAGAGGACAGAGGUGUACACAUGCAAAUGAGAAUAUUUAUUGGAUGGUGUGUGUGUGUGUGUGUGUGAUGUUUGUUUGUGAACACGUGGGUUCAUGUCUUUGUGUUUUCAUGGACAAAUUGGAACAGAUAAACUUUACUCAUACGUAAUGAGGAACUACUGUACUGCGCAUACAGUAAUCUGAAGAUGGGGCGUCAUGGUUCUUUUGCACACAAAGCUCUUCACCCAUCUUCUUGGACUGUUGCCUUUGUUGGGCUGGCUAAACACCCUUAGGGAAAAACUGCACCCUGGCAUGUGGGACUGGGUGACCACGGUUGUGAGCCUAUGAAGCAAGAUGUCAAGACUUUAAGCUAUAUGGACAUGUUGUGACAAAUUGACUUUGCCAAUGCAAAUGAAUUAUGGUGGAUGUGAUUGCUGGGCAGGACACUCUGCUGUAGCUCUCACUCUGUGCACAGAUGAAAUGACACAGCCAUUUGGAAUAUUUAACAUACUGUAUUUAGAGAAUGAAAAUAAUUAAUAUUAAUUUAUUCUAUAAAAAACUACUGAUUUUAUCCAUUAUGGAUCAACAAUAACUAAAUGUUGGGAGGUUUUAGUUUAUUAAAACAAUCAAAACGUGUCCAUGGUUAACACACUGGAUUUGAACAUGCCUGGAAUAAUGCGUGUUUUAGAAUAUUGUUGCAGAUGAAACUGCUGUAGGCUACUCACAUUAACCUUCUGACCCUCUCAUGACUUUGUCUUCCCUCUGUUUGCUGCUAGUCUAGAGAAUCCAACUUGUUGAGGUAGAAGGCUGUGCGCUCUACUGACUGUCUUCAAUGGCAUUGCUUACUUCAAGCCGAUUUAGCUUAACAGGACUUAUUCACUGAUCUAAAACAUGGGCACAUUUUCCACUUUUGGUAAAUAUUGGUUAAUAGAGUAUAUUUUGUAAAAGCCUAUUUUUAUAUGAAUGUCUUAUUUAUAUCUUUUGCAUAUUCAUUGUCAAGUCCCUGACACCUGUUCUGAAAUCCUUGUGAAAAAAAGCUGAUAUAUGUAAGUUGGCCCCUGCUGUCACUGCCAUAGUUGUAUAUUGUAAGUGAUAGAAACUGUUUAUAUGUGUCUGUG